AUGAUGAUAGACGGUCAAUCUACAGCGAUAGUAGCAGGACUCCCACCCGGCAAUGUUAAUUUUUGUGGGAUUGAAUUGGAUGAAGGUUAUGAACCUGAAGUUGAGGAAGAGGAAGCUUUUGUAACACCCGUGGCCCACCACGAACCAUACCCCACUAGAAGACCAGUAGGUCGCCGCUUCAAAAGGUUGAAGGAUAAAAUAGAAGAGCAAUACAGGUCUAUCCUGCCCAGGCCAGAAGCCCCAGUUGAACCACCUGUAAACGUGGACCCAUUAGUAGCACAACCCGCAAUUGUGAACCCACCACCACCAGUACCAGAAGCCCAAAUAAUUGAAUCAAAGGAUGAAAUCCUUUUACUAGGAAUGGACUGGUUUAAGCGAACACGUGCCCGUUUGCACGUUGAUGAAAGUAAGCUAUAUGUACACUACCAGGAUCAAGUUGCUGAGGUACCAAUGUCAUACGAUGGUGAGUGCCCUCCUGUGGAAGCCACCGAAAAUGAGGAAAAUGGGACGUUCGACGAAUUCGAGUAUGAAGACGAAAUGUUGAAUGAAGCUGAAGGAUAUUUCACCAGUGAAGUAUCGGAUAAUGAACUUUUUGAUAACCCGUGGAAGGAUCACCAUAGUCCUGCAGUAUACUUGUCACACAUGGAAGAAAUACCAACCAACGAACCUGACCUUAAUGAUGAGUCCUUAGAAGUGAGGUUGAAAAAAAGCGUAUGUACAACCCACCUAACCCCGGAACAAGUCCAAAAGGCUCAAACCUUCUUAAAUGAUAAAAAAAAUGUGUUUGCCCACGAUACGAACGAUCUGGGUCAGACAACCCUGACAGUACACGAAAUUGAUACCGGGAGCACAACGCCAAUUAAACAACACCCCUAUCAUGCUGCCCCCAGUGUACGCAGUUUUAUAAAGGAGGAGAUAGAAAAACUUAAAGAAAAGGGAUUAGGCAUUCGCCCUGAUGAAGAUAAAGUUGAAAAAGUCCGGAAUUUCCCUGUACCACAGUCCCUUCGUGAGUUGCGAG